AUGGAGAGAUCAACCAAAGCACCAAACACAAGUGUCGCGCACAAUGUGUCAUCAACUUCUGCAAGGAGGCGUGUAGGCGACCUAAGUGACUCAAUGAACCGCAUGAACAUUGAAGAACGCAAAAUAGGGAGUGGCAGCUUUACAUAUAAUUGUGACAAAGUAGUCGGGCAAGGCAGCUUUGGAAAAGUUUACCAAGCUGUAAUCGCAGAAACCGGAGAAACAGUCGCAAUCAAAAAGGUUUUACAAGAUCGGAGAUAUUAUUUUUCAUAUUAAAGCUUAUUUUUCUUUAAAAAUGCUUUUUUUAUAAUAAUUCAGCCUAUUUGAUAUAUAAAAAUCGUGAACUCCAAAUAAUGAAAGAAUUGAAUCACCCAAAUGUUGUUACCCUCCGCCAUGCCUUUUACACCUCAGGGGAAAGACCUGAUGAGCUGUAUUUAAACGUAGUGAUGGACUUUAUUCCAGACACCUUAUACAGAGUCACAAAACAAUAUAGCAGGAUGAGACAGCCUGUGCCUAUUUUAUUAGUGAAAUUAUAUGCUUAUCAGCUGAUGAGAGGUUUGGCUUAUCUUCAUGCAGUAGGUGUCUGCCAUCGUGAUAUCAAGCCUCAGAAUGUGCUGGUGGAUACAAAUACGCAUAAAAUAAAGCUUUGUGAUUUUGGCUCAGCUAAAAAACUGGUACGUGGAGAGCCAAAUGUUAGCUACAUUUGCUCAAGAUAUUAUAGAGCUCCUGAGUUAAUUUUUGGUGCUACUGAUUAUACCCCAGCUAUUGACGUGUGAAGCGCUGGAGCUGUUGUCGCAGAAUUGCUAUUGGGACAGCCUCUCUUUCCGGGAGAAAGCGGAGUCGACCAGCUUGUAGAAAUUAUAAAAAUCCUAGGAACACCUACAAGAGAACAAAUUUAUGAUAUGAACCCAAGUUACACUGAAAAUAAGUUCCCUCAAAUUAGGCAACAUCCUUGAAAUAGAGUUUUUAAAGCAAGGACUCCUCAGGAUAUCAUUGAUUUUAUAGCAAGUUUGUUAGUGUAUUCUCCUCAGAUAAGACCUACAGCUCUGCAAAGCUUGGCUCAUCCUUGUUUUGAUGUACUUAGAGAUCAAGACACUAGGCUUCCUAAUGGAGAAGAGCUGCCUUGCUUAUUCAAUUGGACUCAAGAAGAAUUAAAUGCAGGAAAUCCUGAGCUGUUUAGACAGUUAACUCCAAAUUGGUAUCAUGAGUAA